AUGGCGAAAUCUAACAAGAUAAGUGAAGAUGAUUUUUUUAUAAUGAAUAAAACAUUUAGCAUUUGGCUAAUAAAGAAAAAAAAUAAAUAUUUUGAUGAUUUAAGUACGAAUAAGUAGAGAAAAUACUUCAAAAAAUUUGUAAAAAAAUGGAAUAAAUAGGAUCUAUCUAGUAUUUACUAUGAUGAAGAUAAAUUAUAAGAGAAGUAUGGAUAACUUUUGAAACAAAAAUCAUUUUGGAAAAUAGAAAAUGAUGAUUCAUAAGUAUCGAAAUUGUACAAAGAAUAUUAAGAGGCAUUAAAUGGAGUAAACUAAAUGUAUGAUUUUAAAAAUGAUGAAACAGAUCACAAAAAGGCUUUAAGAAGGGCUAUUCGUGAAGAGUAAGGAGGAGAUAAAUAUGAUGAUUAUUAGGAUGCAAAAAAAACUAGAAACGAUGUAGAAUAUGAUAGAGAAAAUAAAAGAGAGUCUAAACGCGAGUAAGAUAAGUAUGAGAGAAGAAGGGAAAGAAAAAAUUAAGAAGAGUUGUUGGAUGAGUUAGUCCCUAAAAAAGUUGGUAAAGAAGCUAUUUUAGAAAAGAAAAGAAUGAUUAAUAAUAAAAUAAAUGGAAAUCGUGAUAACACUGGAAUUGAUGACUAUGAUGAAGAAUUUUUAAUGGGAGGAGACAGUUUUUCAAAAGCUAAAGCUAGAGAAGAAGAUUUUUAAAGAAAAAAGCAAGAAAAAGUAUAGGCUCAUAAUUAUGAAAUAGAAUAAAAACAAAAUGAAUAUAAAAUGACAGAAGAAAAAGCUAUAUAAUCAGCUCUAGAUAAGCAAAGUUAUAUGAAUAGAUUUAGAUGA